AUGAGGGAUUGUGACUGUGCACAGUAUUGGUGCAUAAUUCAUUAUUUGCACUGUUCUGUUUGCAGGAAUCCUGAGCGGUUUUCACGAAAUGAACUGUUUGAGUUCCAUGGCAUCUGGUUGAAUAAUUAUUACACAGACAACUGGGACAAUCUUCAGAAUUUCCAGGCAAAGCCAGAUGACAUAUUGAUAGCAAGCUUUCCCAAAUCAGGACAAAUCUGGAUGAGUUACAUAAUUGAUUUGCUGUGUUCUGGAAUACGUCAAGAAAACCUACCUUCCUCUCACAUAUUUAGAAAGAUUCCUCAUUUAGAGAUAAGCGUUCCACUGAAAGAUGGGACCGUCUACACCGGAGUCCAACAUGCAAACUCUUCGCUCACAUCUCCUCGACUCCUCAAGACUCACCUCCCUGUUCAGUUUGUGCCAAAGUCUUUUUGGGAGAAGAACUGCAAGAUUGUGUAUGUGGCUCGUAACCCGAAGGACGUGAUGGUUUCUUUUUACCACUUCGACCAGAUGAUCUUAUUCCACCCAGAGCCAGGAGAAUGGAGCAGCUUCUUCCAGAGAUUUCUAGAGGGCAAGACGAUGCAUGGAUCUUGGUACGACCACAUUAACAACUGGUGGAAGAAAAAAGAGACCUACUCCAACCUGCAUUUUGUCUUUUAUGAAGAUAUGGUGAAGGACACAAAACGAGAAAUUGAUCGACUUUGCAGCUUCCUUGGUUUAAUUCGUUCCUCUGAGGAAAAGGCCAUAAUCAAAGCCAAAGUGCAGUUUGAUGAAAUGAAAGAAAAUCCAACUGUCGGCUGUACAAUAAUUCAAGGACUUAAACUAGACAUAUUGAGAAAGGGAAAGGUUGGAGACUGGAAAAACUAUUUCACUGUGGCUCAAAAUGAGGAGUUUGAUGCUGAUUACAAGAAGAAAAUGGAAAACUCCACAGUUCAGUUUUCAACUGAAUUGGCCAAUGUUCCAGCAUAA